AUGGCGGGGGCCGCGCUGAGGGCGAGCGAGGGAGCGAGGGCAGGGAGGGGAGAGUCAAGGGGAUGGGGGAGGAAACCGAGAAGGGGGGAGGUAGGAAGGGAAGAGGUGAGGGGAGGAGAGGGGACGGGGAGGAGGAAAAGGGGGAGAAGCGAGGGAGCAGGCGGGCGCGCCGGGGAAGAGGCGGAGGGAAGGAGCGCGGCGGCGGAGGCGUCGAGGGGGCGCCCGGAGGAGUGCAGGCGAAGCGCGGGCUGCGCCGGCCGAGGAGACUUCCGCGAGCGGAACCUGCCGGCACCUCUGCAGUGCGUCGGCCCCCGGCGUCGCCUGGGUGGCGGCGGCGGCGGCGGCGGCGGCGGGCGUGUGCGAAAAAACCUGCGUGCGUCUCCCGGUCUGCAGAAUUGUAGUGAUUACCGAAUAGAAGAGCUACGAAAAUAA